ACAAUACCAACGGGUAGUGCAGUCAAGACUGCCCCCUCAGCGAAGUCAACAACAUCAACAUUGUCGUCAAAAAAUGAACCGAAAUCUCAGUCGAAAUCCACUCGACCGCUUAUUUCUGGUGCUUCAGCUCCGAGCACCUCAAAAGAUUCGAGAGUUGUACCGGAUGAGAAGGCUUCUCGUAUUCUGAAGGAUAUCGACAACGCCUUAGCGCAAGUUAUGUUAGAAGUGGAGAGAGCUCUUACCCAAACCGAUACUGAAUAUGCAAAGGAGAAAUUGAGGUGCGUUAAGUUUUUCACUGUUGUAAAGGCAAAUGGAUCCUCGUCAAUAACAAAGGCCGCUUGCUUCUUCAUUGAUUCUGAUGAGAAGUAUGGAAUGGAUUUGAUGAAUAGGCCAUUCUCUUAUGUAGUUGUUAUGAACAGUGCGCAUAUAAAUGUCGAGAAAUGGCUGCUUGCGAAUAAUAUGAGUGGAGGGGACAGCAUGUUAAAUCAUUGGGCAGCUUUGAAAAGUCAAAUGAUAUUGCUUUUCUCAAGCCUUGAGCAACAUGGCGAGCCGACACAUCUCGUUAAUCGUACAGUGAUCCAGUAUCUCUAUCACAGCGUUCGGCCACUCUUCAAGGAUGCUGUGAAGUUCAAGUAA